AUGUCUGGCAGGAGCGCAUAUGUGCGCAAGGAGAAGACAAAAAUCAAGAAUGAGCGGGACGCAGGAGGUGCAGUGAGCAACGAUGGAGAGUCCGACAAACAACCCUCCGAUAAGGCUUUGUCAAUUGGCGACUUUCCCAUGCCACAAGGCCGGCAGCCCCAGUACACGAUAGACGUCCCAUACAGGAGUCAGAACAAUGAGAUCUCCACUAUCAGAACAAAUGUCUCCGGGGGCUCGGACGACCUUGCAUAUGCGCGUGUCCGCAAGCCGCAGGUUCCCGUCAUUGAUGUAUCCGGGAUCGAGAAGUCGUCGUUCAGGACCAAGAUGGAUAAACAGAGUGAGAAGAUUAGGGGAGUCUUGACUUUUGGAGGCAAGAAGAAGAAAAAGUCAGAUGAGAACCAAAACGAGUACAGGCCAAACACUUCGGCGACUUAUCGUCAUGAUGUUUCAGAGCUGGAUACUGGCGAUUAUAUCACUCCUGCGAUACCAAGAAACCGAGGACAACAGUCCGGCGAGCCAGAAUUUCCGCGCCACGCCCCACCAGCUGGUAAGCUUCCUGCAGUUCCUCAAGGACCACAGUUGAAGCGCUGGAUGGGUAACGGAAGGCCUCCAAUGCUAUGGAACAAGCUUCGGAAGGAUCCAGAACUUUGGGAUCCCAAUGGAGAUACCCUGAUAUUCUUGGGCCACGACAACCACCAUGCAUCCAGACCACCACCUUCGUUUAGGUUAUCCUCCCAUGUUAUUGAACAGACUGAGUCCCGGUUUCUGAUUACUCUACUUCGUGAAGGUUCAAUUGACGAGGGAAGCAAUUUCAGCAUGCCACCUUCUCCUAUCAGCUCUCCAGGUAUGCGAACCCCUCAUUUGGCUCAAGGAGGCCGCCAACAACAUCCAACGCCUCCAACAUCAGAAGGCAGCGUAUCUGGUGGAUUUGAUGGUCAGAUCUCGUACGAAAUAUAUUUCCCAGCUCCAGUGAAUCAAUCCAAAACCGAGACAAUUCGCCAUCAAGUUACCACUCGGAAUGUGUUUGCUUUGCUGUAUCAAACUUCCUUGGUUGGUCUGAAUCUCUAUCAAGCUUUAAGCGAUCUACAUGAUCGUCUUGAGGUUUACAUGCCAGAUGAAAUUGAUGCAGCUGGUAUGAUUAUCGAUUAUAUUGUCAACAAGGGAAUUGAUGAUGUACGAGAGAACCCAUCUGCUGCGGCUGCUCUACUUGCAUGGAGUGAAAGUGCUUCUGUUCGCUGGGAGGAGGGAUGGAAAGAGGCAUAUGUUCACAGUUCUGGAAUGUAUCAUCGACUCGAGAGUGCUCCUGACUUCAGAUAUGUCACUCCUAUUACCAGAGCACUUCUCGAGCGAGCGAGCUUAGAAGUACAAGUCCGGAUCAACAACUGCGAAAACCGCUUCGUUGACUUUGAUUUUGGAGAUAUGUGGCCAAUGAUGAGUUCUCACCCUCCACCUGCUCGAGCCGCAUUCGAACGCCUACGGAAAUUUUUCCUACAGCACUACCAAAGUACUUACGAGUCAUGGCCACCAAGUCAGCCUGCUGGGCAUGAACAAUGGCUCACUAGAGGUCUGGCGCAGAAGUUGCAGAAGGAUUUUGGUUCGCUCUACGACUACUUGGUCAAUCGAGAGGUCGCUUGGGAUUGUUCGGAGGAGAGAAGUGGUCGGAAGUGGAAUAUUAUUCAUCCUACCAACAGAGGUUUUGAUGCUGAUACUCAAGAUCUUCCCUUCACAGAUAUUCUUGUUGCAUUCGAUAACCGUCACAAAUUCCCACACAUUCCCCACCCUUACCCACUCGUCCCGGAUUCCCAACCAGCUCGGACCGAGUCGAAGGAGAAUCUAUUCAAGUCGAACAAGAAGUCGAAUAAGCCAGCUGAAGACAAGAUGGCUGAGCGUAAGGCUGCUUUGGCAUAUACCGAGUCGACCAACAUUUACCUACUUGGAUCCGAUUUUGUCAACAAUGAUCUGGUUGAUGCUUUUGUCAGGUUUGAGAAGGGAGAUCGUGCUGGGGAUGUCGAUCCAUACGCAGCUCGCCGCGGUAGAUGGGUCCUGAUCUACGGAAUCCUACAAACACUGGCCUCGGUCUCCGUCGAUACUCCCAACCUCCGUUACACCAGUGAUGUCUCGUACCACCUUAAUCCCCGUCUAAGAGGUACACCGCCAUGGAAAGGAGCGAACCAGAACGUCCAAGAGGCAAGCCACGUCGGUUCACACUGCUGGACUGUCCGUGAUACAUGGCAACCCGAGGCGCCAGUCAUGAUUUCCCGCCGAGGUCAGCAUUCCCAAUCUGUUCGAUCUUCAGCUCCAUCAGCUGCAUCUAGCGAUGCUGGAUCAUCCACCAUGCGCUCUCCAACCCUCAUCAAUGCGAGCAUCUCCACCAAAUCCUCUGGACGUCGCAACAACACUCGCAAGGAGCCUGAAGGCAUCAGCUAUAGUGGCUACGCACCCGGCAUUGAGAAGGUCGACGAAUGGCCAAUUCGCGAGGAGAGCAGAGAUUACAAGGAGAGAGAUGAGCGGCGGGAAUACGGCAGCCGUGUUGGUCCGAAGAAUGACUAUGUCCUUCCAAUACAGAAAGGUGGUUACACGAUCAAGGAUUUCGAUGAAUAUAGUUUCGGAGACCGGAUUUGA